AUGGAGAAGUGCACGGAAGAGAAGAUUGCGCCACAGCAUAAAAGUGCGUGGUUUGGAUUCAUCAAGUCGAUAGCAACAUUCAAAGGUGACCUGUCAACGCUCACAGCACCUCCAUUUCUUCUCUCUCCACAAUCAAUCGUCGAAUUUCCUACCUACUGGGCAGAACACCCAUCUCUGUUCAUCGCACCCACAAAAUCAGAGUCUGCUGAAGAAAGAGCAUUAUUAGUAUUAAAAUGGUUUAUCAGUACAUUGAAGUGGCAGCAUAGUAAUCGAGAUGAGAAUGGAAAGAAGAAGGGGAUGAAACCCCUCAAUCCAUUUUUGGGAGAGUGUUUUAUGGGUUCUUGGGAGGAUGAUGGGGAGGGUACCGGGAAAACAGACUUGGUUGCUGAGCAAGUUAGUCAUCAUCCACCAGCUACAGCAUAUAAUAUCUCGAACGAAAAACAUGGUGUACAACUCCAAGGUACCAUCGCUCCACAAUCCUACUUUAGCUCAACGGUACACAUCGAACGAAACGGCUACUCCCUUUUAACCCUCUCUCAACAUAACGAAACACACUUGAUUACUAUGCCGCCUGUAUAUAUAGUCGGCAUCAUGUCUGGUUCUCUUAAUCCUGAAUUGAGCGGCACUUCCUACAUCCGUUCCUCGUCCGGUUUCACAACUCGAAUUUCAUAUUCCUCGAAAGGCUGGAUCAGUGGAACACCUAACACAUUUUCCGCAAUCAUAUAUAAAGAUGGACCUGAGAAUACUCCAAUUUAUAAAGCCGAAGGACAAUGGAGUGGGGAGUCCAACAUCAAAGACAUGAGAAGUGGAAAAUGCAUAUCGCAAUUCAAUGCGAAUUCGUUGAAGAGGAAAUCGCUAAAAGUUAAGCCAAUCGGUCAGCAAAAGGAGUACGAAUCGAGAAGAGCCUGGCGUCAUGUUACACGAGCUAUUAAUGAAAACGAUAUUUUUCAAAUUGGGAAAGAGAAAGGGAAGAUAGAGAAUGAACAGAGAGAAUUGAGAAGGAAGGAAAAGGCUAAGGGGAUAGUUUGGGAAAGGAGAUUUUUUGUCAAGGUGGGGAGGGAUGAAGUUGCGGAACGAUUAGCGAAUGGUCUAGAGGGAUUGAGUUUGGAAAGUGGGGGUGGGAUAUGGAAGUGGGACAAGGAGAGGUAUAGGGGAAUGGAGAGUGAGGAUACGGAAAGGAUGAGAAGAACGGAUGAUAUGAAGAAUCCGUCGGUGACAAGAUGGGAAUCAGGGGUUAUGGUUACGGAAGUUAGUGUUUGA